CAAAAUACAGUUGACGAAAACUACCGCGUGGACCACAUACAUGGGACUUUUUUGUUCUGUCCCUUUUGAAAACAAACACACAACUACUAAAUAAAUAAACCGGAUAUUAUCUUGCGCAAAUUGGUUUAUGAAUAAUAUUAAAUAUGUCAGAUGGGAUCCACUUUCACUGAAUCGGAAGCUUUCAGAAGCCUUUGUCCUCCAGCAACAGUAAACCACUUCAAAGCUGAAUCAGUUCCAACAUCAUGACCAACAAUAAUGUAAAGGAGCCCUUGCUGUCAUCACUGAAUGAGACUCAAAAGGCUAAACGGCUGUUAAACAAGAGAAGGUUACACCGCUCUAGGAGUGCUCCUAACACAGAUCUUGUUCCUUCUGAGACACAAUGCAAAGAAUCAACUCCUCCAACUACGUCCAUAUUUCAGAAUUUGCAUCCAAAUCACAAAAGAGUUGCUAUCUACCUUGCAGUAUAUUUAUGUGUAGGUGCUUUAAUCUUCUUCCUUGUGAGGGACCAGAUCAAGGGGACGAAAACAGAUGGAGUUCUUGAUGCUUUGUACUUCACAAUUGUUACAAUGACCACUGUUGGAUAUGGAGACCUUGUGCCAGAUAGCCACCUAACAAAACUACUUGCGUGUGCCUUUGUUUUUUCUGGUAUGGCAUUGAUCGGACUCACUGUAAGCAAAGCAGCAGAUUACUUAGUUGAGAAACAGGAACUUUUGCUGGUUAAAGCUAUGCACCAAAAAGUUGGUUCAACUAGAAUAUUAAGGGAGCUUGAGACCAAUAAAACAAGAUACAAACUUUUUGUAGUCUUUUUCCUCCUUUUGGUGCUCUUCACUGCAGGGAUAGUUUUUCUGGUGACUGUUGAGAAACUGGAUGUUAUUGAUGCAUUCUACUGUGUUUGUUCUACCAUUACAACCCUUGGUUAUGGGGACAAAAGUUUCUCAACUCAAGCAGGAAGAAUAUUUGCUGUGUUUUGGAUAUUGACAGGUACUAUUACUUUAGCUCAGUUUUUUCUCUACGUUGCUGAGCUAAACACUGAAAUCAGACAAAAGGAGCUUGUGAAGUGGGUGCUUACAAGGAAAGUGACCAAUUUGGAUUUGGAGGCUGCUGAUCUUGAUGAGGAUGGAACUGUUGGGGCUGCUGAAUUUGUUAUUUAUAAGCUGAAAGAGAUGGGGAAGAUUAGUCAAGAAGAUAUAUCACUUGUGAUGCAGGAGUUUGAACAGCUAGAUGUUGAUGAUUCUGGUACACUGUCAACUUCGGAUAUAACAUUGGCUCAGUCAUCUUAGACUAACACAUUACAUCUUGGUACAGAGUGAUACUAUUUUUUUUCUUACUUCAAAUUGUUCACCACUUAGUCACCGAGCUGCUUAUACAUAUAAUGUAAUCAUUCAUAUAUAUGUAUAUUAAAUGCUUAAUUUUCUGUUCAAUAUAAGCUUGAAACUUUACACUUCA